CAGACGAAGAAGAAAUCGUGCACAGGAAGUUCAAAAUGGCGACGGACGGAAUGAUGUCCACGUCCUCGGGUCUGCCUUACCACAACACCGGGGACUUUUACCCCAGAAAGUUCGGCUCUAAGCCCGAUGUGGUGCCGUCUGGAGUCACCGAGAGGAAAGUGGGGCCGCUGGAUAAACCUGACAUGGUGUCGGUGGAUGUCAUUAGCGUCGGGGAUUCAGAUGUCCACUUGCACAGGAAGAAGCAUGAGCAGGACACAUACGUCUUGGGCACUAUUCAUCCAUUCAGAAAGACUCACAAAUCCUUCUUUGGAAAACUCCAGCAGGAAUUCAGACUGGUCACCUCAGAUAGACGGUCGUGGAGGAUCCUGCUGUUCGGGGCUCUCAACCUGCUGUGCACCGGCUGUCUGCUGAUGUGGUGCAGCUCCACCAACAGCAUGGCCUUAACCGCCUACACCUACCUCACCAUCUUUGACCUGUUCAGUUUGAUCACAUGUCUCAUCAGCUCCUGGGUGUCCAUGAAGAAACCCAGUCAGGUCUACUCGUUUGGGUUUGACAGACUGGAAGUUUUGGCCGUUUUUGCCUCCACUGUUCUGAUCCAGCUGGGAGCCUUGUUCAUCCUGAAGGAGAGUGUGGAGCGCUUCAUGGAGCAGCCUGAGGUCCAUACCGGCCGCCUGCUGGUCGGGACGUUCGUCGCUCUGUUCUUCAACCUGCUGACGCUGCUGUCCGUCAGGAACAAGCCCUUCACCUACGUCUCAGAAGCGGCUAGCAGCAGUUGGCUUCAGGAACACGUGGCAGAUCUGAGUCGAAGUUUGUGCGGCAUCGUCCCAGGUCUGAGCAGCGUGCUGCUGCCGCGCAUGAACCCGUUUGUGCUGAUCAACAUGGCGGGAGCGCUGUCGCUGUGCAUCACCUACAUGCUCAUAGAAAUCAAUGACUACAACGCGGUGGACACGGCGUCGGCGGUCGCCAUCGCUCUCAUGACCUUUGGCACCAUGUAUCCCAUGAGCGUCUACAGCGGCAAAGUGCUGCUGCAGACGACGCCGUCGCACGUCAUCGGCCAGCUGGACAAACUGCUCCGAGAGGUGUCGACUCUGGAAGGAGUGCUGGAGGUUCGAAACGAGCACUUCUGGACCGUCGGCUUCGGCUCUCUGGCCGGCUCCGCCCACGUUCGUAUCCGCCGCGACGCCAACGAGCAGCUGGUUCUGGCUCACGUCACCAACCGGCUGCUGCCGCUCGUCUCCACGCUGACCGUCCAGAUCUUUAAAGACGACUGGACCCAGACCCUCGUCACCGGGAACCAUGGAUACGCCGGCACUCUCCUCCUCCUCCUCCGGGCCUCCUCCGCUGCUCACCCCCCGGUGGGGAGAUGGACCCGCUGACCUCCACGCCCCUCCAAACCCAGCAGCCCCCCUCCAGAGUUCGCCUUCAACACUCCGGGGAGGAACGCGCAGCCGGUGGUCCUCCCCGCCCCGGGACAGCACUCCCACAGGCCCUACGGGGGGGGCCCGGGACUCCCCUACGGAGCGUCCCCCUACGCGGGGAUGCUGAGUCAGGGUAUGGCGCGGCCCGCCGGUGGGCUGGGACUCGGGCCGCAGGCUCUGGGGGCGGGCUUUGGACUGGGCGCCGGUGGGGGGCCGUCCCCUCAGAGCUACAGGACUGCCUAUGCAGGGCCGGCGCCGCCACUCCGGUUUGGAACCAGCAACCCUCUGGUUCCACAGGCGCAGUACAGACAAUACCGACCCUGAAUGUGCCGGCGCUCCCGUUGGGACGCUUUCAUCGACGGGAAGGCGAAGUUUUGUCCACCUGAGACGCUGCAGCAUUUAGUCCCAGUGGGACAACGAGAGGGUUUCUUGUGAGCCUCCCCUGACAUUAGGAGAGGGGGGGCGGCCCUGUUGCGGUAUUUAUUUUGGGGACCAAAUGGAUGAGUGUGGUCGGAUUCGAUAUGAUUGAGUCCGUUGUCUUUUUUUGUUUUUUUAUCAGGAAGCCUCCUCAGCUGCUUUCUUCACGCUUUGGUGACAUCAUCUAACAUCAUCUCUGGUAAUAAGGUGCUGAGUCAAAACAGAAAUCCGGUUUUACAUUUUUAAAUUGCAGCCAUUUAAAGGACAUUAUAAUCCAACGUGAAGGCAGAAACCUCCCAGCCAGUAGGUCAAAGGUCAGAGAUGAUUGGCUAGUCCUUUUAAGAGCUUUUAUGUUGAAGCAAUUUAAAUCAGAGGGGAUAAAAGAAUAGCUCGACAAAAUCGGUGGCUGCCUUCCUCAUCGGCGGAAUGUGAUGAGGAAGGCAGAAACUCCUCGUGUGAAAGUUAAUCUCCUGAAGCUCUGGUGGUGUUGAGUGCAAGUGUUGCCUUAAAGUGACCCGAGUGUUCUGAGUGCUGCAACGGCCACUCGACCAGCAUCCAAAUAUGAAAUGUUGGGUUUUCAGGUCGUGCGACUCGGCUGCUUUGUUUGUUUUUGCUAUAAAACCACAUUUCGUUUCUUCUGCUGUGAACUGCAGAGCUGCUGAGGAGGCAUCAGAACCGUCGGGAUCCUGCUCGUCGCGGCGCGUUCAGGGCUCGUUUAUGUCAUCGGCGGAAUCUAUUUUGUAUAAAAGAUGAAUUACAUUAUUUAAUUAUUUGUUCUAUAACGUGUCACAGCUUCCUAAACCGUACGGCCAACAUUCCUAAACAAACUAUUUUUCUUUUAUUCCAUUUUUUGUGCAUGCAAUUAUUCCCGAUCUGAAAAUUGUUGCAAAUAUGUUUUUUGUUUAAGUGACUUUUCUCCAACUAUUCUCCAGAGUAUUUAUCUACUAACUGGAUGCUUUUCCUUUUUAAAUAUUCCCAUGUUUUCCUGGAGCAGCUCUGCAGACGAGUCUUUUGUUUUGUAUUAUUCCUCCAGAUAAAUUUAAUCUUUGUAUCUCCUCAUGUUGGAUUUUGAGGAAUGUGAAGAAAAGUUUAAUUACAGUGAAUCUCUUAUAUUUUGUCAUUAAACAUGCAGCCUGUUCAUGAGCACCAUGUCAUGUGACUGCGAUAGCUUCAAACGGUUUAAUUCAGUUAAUUCAGAGAUUUUUUUUCACUAUGAAUUCAGCUGGGUGUCAAAACCGGUCAUUGAAUGUAUCCAUUUUCUGACGGCACACAGCUUUCUGGGUCUUUUGUCACAGUCGCAGUUCAGGAUGUGUAUGUUGUGUUUUGUUUACUGAGAACCAAAGUAAAAUCUAAAAGUGAUGAAGUCA